AUGGGCUUUAGCGCCCAAACACGCGUGCCCGAUGCUGACGACGAUCACACACAGGCAGUCGAGGUCCGGCUCGGUCCCGCAGGCGCAAAGGCAAAGUACGUUCGCGUCGAGCUCAGGAAGAUCGAGACACUCCCCGCCCCACCCCCAAACUCGUUCUACUCCAUCGUCGGCAGCGAGAACCCGGCCGUGCUCUGGCAGGCCAGCGAGGAGUGGGGCGUCCUCCAGAGCCAAGAUAUACCAUUUACUAUUCGUAUACCCGAGGCUAUCCCUCUCAGCUUGUCCCUCGAGAAGAAUGCUGGUAUCAAAUAUAAGCUUGUCGGUCAAGUCUGUAUACAGGGCAAGGCGUGCGUCCCGCAUUUCCUUCAUCUCAACGCAAUGUGCUGA